GCGAUCUGACUGGCUGCCUGGCCUAGCAUUCAGUCGACAUUCAGUGGCUGUGUUUGCUAACAUUCCUCAUUCAAAGCCUUGUUAACUGCCAGACGGGAGGAACACGCGACUCCAUGGGAAACCCACAUGGCCUCCCCAUUGUGGCGGGCCCUGACAGCAGAGGAGUGAGAGCAGCAGUUUUUAAAUGUUAGAAAGCAGUUAGCAGGACUUGUGCGUGUUAGUGGAGGCUCUGGAAACUCUACUGGACUAAAGGUGGGCAGAUUGACAGGGGGGAGAUCCAGACAGCGGGGCAGACAGGCAGACGGGAGGCUGGCACUCUGCGACUCUCUGAAUGGGGCUCUGCGCGCUGUGCCCGCCUACUCCUUGCAGGGAGUGCAGAGCUGUGUGACUGAAUCCAAGCUCCUCUCUGCCCUUCUCCACACAGAACCUCCGGACAAACUGUGCUGCGAAGGGAUCCCGGACAAUAACCCGAGAAAGAGACUUCGCCGCUUAACCCGAGCGGACCGCCACUGCCCCUGUGCGCGCCCGCCGCCCUGACCUCUUCACGGGAAACAUCGUUAUUUUGCUGCAUUUAUGUCACGUCUGGUGUUUGACACUCGUGAGCAUGGCAGGGGACGUGUACAGCCCCCCGUCCCCCCUGGGAGAGUCCCUCCUGGGCAGCCCUCUGUGUGGAGACCUGAUGGACGAUCUGGCUCAAAUCUCUCAGUCCAUCGAAGCCAACAGUCUGGGCUUUGACUUCCCCGAGUACCAGAGUCCAGACAGCCCCACUGUGCUGGAAACCCUGACCCCGGCCUCCAGCCCGUCCUCUGGCACGAGUGGGACCGCCCCGAGUCCAGAGGAGUCCACUGGGCCCCUGUCUCUGGAGUGUAGAGUGUGUGCAGAUAAGGCUUCAGGCUUCCACUAUGGAGUCCAUGCCUGUGAGGGCUGCAAGGGUUUCUUCAGGAGGACCAUCAGGCUGAAGCUGGAGUAUGACAAGUGUGAGCUCAACUGUAAAAUCCAGAAGAAGAACCGAAACAAGUGCCAGUUCUGCAGAUUCAACAAGUGCCUAUCUGUCGGCAUGUCCCACAACGCGAUUCGUUUUGGACGGAUGCCGCAAGCGGAGAAGCUGAAGCUCAGGGAGGUGUGCAAAGUCCUGCAGAGAGAGACACCUCUGCCAUCAGACCACAAACUCCUGAUCUCUCAGAUCCACAGAGCCUACAUGAAGAACUUCAACAUGAACAAGGCCAAAGCUCGACUCAUCCUCACCGGGAAAACCAGCCAGCCUCAGCCCUUCAUCAUCCAUGACAUGGACACGUUUCAGCUGGCGGAGCGCACGCUAGCGGCCCAUAUGGUGAGCGACUACCCAGAGCCCACCCGAACCAGCCCCCCUCAGUCUGCGGAAGUCCCUCAGUCUGUGGAGGAGGUCCCAGGGUCUAUGGGGGUCCCAGAUUCUGUGGGGGUCACAGGUUCUGUGGUAGUCGUGGGGACUGAGGGGGUCCCUGAACCUGCUGAGGUCCAUGUCUACGGAGAGGUGCAGCGAAGGGAGGCGGAGGCACGGCUCUUCCACUGCUGUCAGAGCACCUCAGUGGAGACGGUCACUGAGCUGACGGAGUUCGCCAAAGCUGUGCCGGGUUUCCAGAGCCUAGAUCUCAAUGACCAGGUGACCCUGUUGAAGUAUGGUGUGUAUGAAGCCCUGUUCACGCUGCUGGCCUCCUGCAUGAACAAAGAUGGGCUGUUAGUGGCUCGCGGAGGAGGAUUCAUCACAAGAGAGUUUCUCAAAAGUCUGCGACGGCCGUUUGGGGACAUGAUGGAGCCCAAGUUUCAAUUCGCAACUAAGUUCAACUCCCUGGAGCUGGACGACAGUGACCUCGCUCUGUUUGUGGCUGCCAUUAUCUGCUGUGGAGACCGUCCUGGCCUGAUGGACACAUCUCUAGUGGAGCAGCUUCAGGAAAGUAUUGUCCAGGCUCUCCAGCUCCACCUGCUGGCCAAUCAUCCCGAUGAUGCCUUCCUCUUCCCCCGGCUGCUACAGAAACUGGCUGACCUCCGCGAGCUGGUCACCGAGCAUGCUCAGUUAAUCCAGGAAAUCAAGAGGACAGAGGACACGUCACUACACCCACUGCUGCAAGAAAUAUACCGGGACAUGUACUGAAAUGUGGAUAGCAUCAACGUGGACUUUUGUUAUAUUUGGGUAUUUCUAAGAGAUGAAGAGUUUUAAUUAGGCUGCCAGUAAAUUAGACCAAAUAGUUUGUUUUAGUGCCUUAUAAAAAUAUUGUUACUCUAUGACUAAUUUUAACUGUAAAUGCAUUUCAUUAGAUCAGAAGCAAAUUGGUCCUCCUUUUCCAAAUGCCAUUAGCUUAUAUCAAUUUAUAUAAUAUGUACAGUUUCAUAUUGAAUGUAAAUAAAAGUAUUGUAAAAUAGAUAAAUAGUACAAAAAUAAUGGACUUAGAUAAAUAACCAGAGAACUAGCUCAACACUUUUACUUAUAGAUCAAUGAUUGACUCAAAAUUGGGUCUCACACACACAUACACACACACACUCACGAGAGGUUGAAGUUUUUGAUGCAUGUUGUUUUAAACAUGAAAUAGUGAAAAUUGUUGGUGUGUAUAAAAUGUUUCAAUAUUCUGAUUUGUAUUUUAUGUAAAUACUAAUGUAGGAAAAAUACUGUGAACAAACUGUGAUAUGCAGAGAAAUUUAUAUCAUGAUCUUAGCAGGUUACAUCGAAGCAAUAAGUAUGUUUUAGUUUUUCUUUGAAUAACAUGCAAUGCAACAAAACAACACAAUGGAAAUUAAAGUUAACAUAACUGUG